CUCAGCCCCAGACCGGCUCCGCCACCGCGUACUCGUCCCGGACGUGGGUACACUCUGGACAGUUGGGACCUCGGACGAUCCGCUCCUGAUCCUCUGGCGGCGGCGGCGGCGGCGGCUGUUGCUAAGGGAGGGGACGCGAGGGGAAGCACGGCCGGAGUAGCAGACAUCCCUGAGCGCGGCUGGGUGAGCGGCGCCCCCUCCUCUGGGACCCUUCCCGGAGCCCGCCGCCCUGGAAAGGAAUUGGGAGUGUAGUCCCCACCUAGGAAGGCGCGCGACCUCGGAGCUCCACUCGGAUUUUUGAUUUCUGAUUCACCUUCCACUCGUGGAACCUUCUCCAAAGGGACGCUCGCUGCCCCCCGCUUCCAGGGACGCAGAGGAAACCAGUUUGGGAUCUCUCUCCCAACCCGCUCUGCCCGGAGGCGCGGCGAGAAUUGGCUGCGCCCCGCGGACCCCAGCCCCUCAGCGCGGGCCGGGGAUGGAGCCGCAGCCCGGCGGCGCCCGGAGCUGCCGGCGCGGGGCCCCCGGCGGCGCCUGCGAGCUGAGCCCGACGGCCGAGACGGCGCCCAUGAGCCUGGCCAUCCACAGCACGACAGGCACCCGCUACGAGCUGUCGGUGCCCCCCGACGAGACGGUGGAAGGGCUGCGCAAGCGGCUGUCCCAACGCCUCAAAGUGCCCAAGGAGCGUCUGGCGCUGCUCCACAAAGACACCCGGCUCAGUUCGGGGAAGCUGCAGGAGUUCGGCGUGGGGGAUGGCAGCAAGCUGACGCUCGUGCCCACCGUGGAGGCGGGCCUCAUGUCUCAGGCCUCCAGGCCAGAACAGUCUGUGAUGCAGGCCCUGGAGAGCUUGACGGAGACCCAGCCCCCAGCGGCUCCCGACCUGGGCCGGGCUGGCGGAGGCGGCUUCCGGAAAUACCGAUUCAUUUUAUUUAAGCAUCCGUGGCACCGACAGGGACCCCAGAACCCACAGAGGGGCGGCGAGAGGCCCCAGGUCAGUGACUUCUUGUCAGGCCGUUCGCCGCUGACCCUGGCGCUGCGUGUGGGGGACCACAUGAUGUUUGUCCAGUUGCAGCUUGCAGCCCAGCAUGCCCCACUGCAGCACCGUCACGUGCUGGCUGCUGCCGCCGCCGCUGCCACCCGUGGGGACCCCAGCAUGACCACCACCCCUGUGUCCUCUCCCUGCCGGCCAGUGUCCAGUGCCGCCCGCGUCCCCCCAGUGCCCACCAGCCCUGCCCCCGCAUCCUCACCUGUCACUGCCGGCUCUUUCCGCUCCCAUUCAGCCUCUACCACCUGCCCUGAGCAGAUGGACUGUUCCCCCGCUGCCAGCACCGGUGCCAGCCCCACGUCCCCCACUGGGGGCAGCCCCACCUCCCGCUCCCGCAAACCUGGCGCAGUCAUCGAGAGCUUCGUGAACCACGCCCCAGGGGUCUUCUCAGGGACGUUCUCUGGCACGCUGCACCCCAACUGCCAGGACAGCAGCGGGCGGCCGAGGCGGGACAUCGGGACCAUCCUGCAGAUCCUCAAUGACCUCCUAAGUGCCACACGGCACUACCAGGGCAUGCCCCCAUCACUCACACAGCUGCGUUGCCACGCCCAGUGCACCCCAGACCUCGGCCCCAAAACUACCUCCUGCGAGAAGCUGGCGGCCGCGGCCCCGGCCUCCCUGAGCCAGGCCCGCUUGUGCAAGCCCCCGGGGGACCGGCUGCGGCAGACAGAGAACCGAGCCACCCGCUGUAAGGUGGAGCGCCUGCAGCUGCUGCUCCAGCAGAAACGGCUCCGCAGAAAGGCCCGGCGUGAUGCCCGCGGUCCCUAUCACUGGCCACCGAGCCGCAAGGCCGGCCGCAGCGACAGCACCGGCAGUGGGGGAGGUGGCGGCCCCAGCGAGGCGGCCGGCUUGGGCCUCGACUUCGAGGACUCCGUCUGGAAGCCAGAAGUGAACCCCGACAUCAAAUCAGAGUUCGUGGUGGCCUAGGAACCCUGUCCCUCGCCCCAGCCCUGUGUGGCCACCAGUGUGGCCUCGAACGGGAGGGCAGGCUGUCUCUCGGUGCAGCAAGAGGCUCCCCCCUCCCAGUUCCGUGUCCUUCCGGUGGUUUUUUUUUUUUCUUUUUCUUUUUUAAAAUUUCAAUUCCUAC